CUAACCUCAACUUGCAGGAGUUGUAUUAAGAUAUUCAUCCCUAAUAUGGGAAAGAGGACAAAGAUAGAACGUUUGUUGAAUACAUAAUUAGGGCUUUUCUUGAAGGUGGUGAUUGUAUGCAUGUGUGGAUAUAAAUUUUGUGGGCAGUUUUCAGGAGUGAUCAGCCGCUCGCAAGAAAGUAACUGCGAGGCUUGCGGCAGACGACAGUAUUAUGGCAGAUAGUGGCAAGGGACCUUACAGCAAAGAAGAACUUAAAAAGCGUUUGACACCAAUGCAGUAUUAUGUUACUCAAGAAAAAGGAACAGAAAGGGCAUUUACGGGCAAGUACAAUAAAACUACAGAUGCUGGAACAUACAGCUGUGUUGUUUGCAAUGAGGACCUAUUUUCAUCAGAUACAAAAUUUGAAUCUGGCUGUGGGUGGCCAGCAUUUAAUGAUGUUAUAAACCAAGGCAAAGUUAAGCUUACUAAGGACACAUCUCAUGGCAUGGUGCGUACUGAGGUGACCUGUGCCAACUGUGGAGCUCAUCUGGGCCAUGUCUUCAACGAUGGACCAAAGCCCACGGGAAGAAGAUUCUGCAUCAACAGUGCUGCACUUAAUUUUCGACCACUGCAUCAACCAGAGCAGUGAGCUUUGUCUUUCAGCAUAGGACAGAAGAUGUUUAAAAACCUUAUUUCAGAAUUUGAGUGAUAAGAAAAUGAAUUUUGAUUAUGUCUGUGCAGGCACUAGUAUGCUUUUGAAAUUGAUUUCAUUGGUUUCACUGUUGACAUGAAUUGAUGUAAAUGUAACUGAAACAGUGAAUAUUCUUUAUAGUAAAUUAUUGGUAAUGUGAAUCUCUAACAUACUAUUCAUUUGACAUUUAUAUUGUAUGGCAUUUGACACAAGCUUUGGCGUUGUGAAUGUUUUACAGUAUUUUUGGAGCAUAUAUUUUGGAUGUCUUAUUACAUAUGCAAUUGAUGUUUUAAGUGCCUGGCGCUUUGUUACCUGUGACUUUGCAGAAAGUGCACAUUUUUUAUUCGAAGGUUGGUUGCAGAAAAUCUUGUAUUGUACAGGAAAGUCUUUUUCCAAACCUAUUGCCUUUGUGCAGUAGUACUGCAAAUAAGUACAAACAGACGUAACCUUAUUGAGAUAUUGCAAACACCUUUCUCAAAGUAAAAUGUUAAUCUUGGAACAGUUAUUUUCAUUGCCUUAUGUGUCAGUUACUAUAUUUUCUGAAGGAAUUAAUGUUAUUUUUAUUAUGAUUUUCUUCUGAAAUCAGAUCUUGACACUGUGUACUGAUCAAACUGUUUUUCACUGUGAUAUAACCAGAGUUAAGAGGCCUAUUUUAGAUAGCUCAUGGUAAGCAAAUGAUUCCAUUUUUGUUUUCGAAUAAAAUUGCUCUCAAAGAUAAAUGGUUUGACUGCUGUUGAUAUAAAGAAAGAAAUAUAUAUACAUGGUUCUUACACUAUAACUGUUAACUCCGUUAACUGUGUUGUCAAUACACCAUUAAUUAAAGAGUGUGCAUUACGUAUGGAAAAGGUUGUUCUGUGAUCUUACUCAGUUGUGACUGUAGUGCGAACCAUAAUAAACUUAAGAGACUUUUA